AUUUUUAGGCCUAUUGCAAAUCUGUAGCAGCGUUUGAGUUUCGAUCCAAACUAAACUAAACGCGCGAAUCUAGCUUAAGAAAGAUAUAGGACAUGAUAGGCCUGACGAUGGAACCAAGCCAACCAAGCCGGUGGCAGGUGGCUCUCGGCAGAAGGACGUGUAGCAGCGUGCGCAAGAAUUGGUCAUGUUGGUGGACACACCUUGUUCCCGGGAGUGUGACGAAUCCUGAAUGCCGAUUGUUGGGGAAAGAUGAUGUAAGAAAGAUUGAGCAAGAAGUCAACACAUAAAUAGGAAAGUUUAAGCAGGUUCAACAGAAUUGUUUGCCAGCAGGGCUACCUUUGGCGCUUCGUGGCCAACAUCCUCGGAGAAGAUGUGGUCGAAGCUGCAGCUGCGCCUGGCGGAACUUUUGCGGUGUUGCAAGCCUUGCGUGGACCGCCAGGUGAGGUUCUUUGCCUUCUCAUCGCAAUGGAACAGGAUGUGCAAAUGCUAUAUACGUUGUGCUUCCUCGAUGCCGUCUUUGCGUCUGAGCCCUUCUGGCGCCCAGCCUCCCUGGCAGCAGUGCAGGAGCUGAUGAGUGCAAAGUGGAGCACUGUGGCAUCAGCAGUCUCCAAGGCCAUCAAAGCUGUGGAGAAGGAUUUUGAUUCAGCUAUUGCAGAGGAACGCUCAAUACAACAUGCGUACGUCCAUGUGGCCCGUGUGCGGAGUGCAGUGGAGUUCCUUCAAAAGCGCCUGCAGAAAUCACCGAGGAAAGACUUUGACUCUGUGGUCGAGUCCUUGGACCUCACCAUCAAGGGGUACGUAGAGGAAGGCUUUGACCUGGGCUGCCCCCAGCUGACCAAUAGGGGGAAGUGGACAGUACCCUACUCACACUGGUGGGUGUACCGUGUACACCGAGUGAGCAAUGUUUUCGGCUUGUGUAAUUAGCUGAAACGUUUCAACAGCGAAUGGUCUGACAUGACCAGG